ACGGUCCGCUUUCAGCAACUUGGCUGAUGCCGUCAUCCGUCUUCAAAGUUACUUUCGGCCUACAGUGUUCAGUUCAUCCGUACAUCGUCACCCUCCCCAAUCGCCACACCAGAAGCAUUCUUUACGUCUGCCUUUCCGACUAACGAAGCUUCCUGCAACAACCGACAACCCGCCGGCCAGUGCAGCAGAGCGAUGGCCCCGAGUUAAGCGGCCCAAGGCACGCCGCACACCAUGCCCAGUUCAUACCGAGACCCGCGCCUCGUCUUCCUCGCCCUCGCCUUCAUCGGCGUCUUCUGGAUUCUCCUCUCUCCCGGCAAUGGCGGCGCGUCUUUGUUCUCUGCCUCAGACCUAGCGAUCCAGCGCCUACGGCGGCACCAGCACGCUCUCGACCUCCUAAACACCUCGGCUUACGGCGACUUCACACCGCGCGAGAAUGGCACGUCCGAAGGCCUGCUACCUAGGUCGCUUAACCUAACGGGCUUCCGUCCCAAAGACGGGUUCGCCUGGGACGAUCUCGAGCGCUUUCGGGAACGCUGCUUGGAAUGGAGUCACAACGCGAUACCGCCCGUCGGCGGGGUGAACCUAUGGGACAUUGGAGAAGGAGAGCCCGUGUGGCAGAACGCCACGGGCGCGGUCAAGGGGACCUGGAUCCGGAGGGAAGCGACGUCGAGAAGGGAGUGGACGAACUACAACCUAAGCGCCAUCACGCCGAGCCUGCAUUGGAGCGGCACGCAGUCGGAGUGGGCCAGGAACAUCACGGGAGACGAGGGCAAGAUCUUGAUGGACCUCGUCGACACCGGUAAGCACGGGAGGGAGCUGGACUACCGCAGCGACGUAGAGGACGAUGAGGGCCCCUCGUCCGGCGGUAAGGUGCGCAGCGCGAAGGCCUCUAUCACUAUCGAGGAUGUCAAGGGCAGCGGCGUCAACUGGGAAAUGAGGCUUCACGGCGUCCAGUGGCCUCGUCAAGGGACCAUUCUAUUGACGACGACCAGCGAGAAGUUUGACGGCAUUUUUGGUCUGCCGCAUCUGGCGCCCAGCUUGGACUUCUUCCAGUCGAGCCAGCGGCUGCUCAACCUGACUCUCGCGGAAGUGCUGCGUAGGAAGGAGAAGGAAGUGUUCAACGACGGCGUGAUGCCGUGGACGUCGGAUCUCUCGAAUCCACCGGAUACGCUCAAUCCAACGCCACAUUGCGAGUACAUCAUGUAUGCCCAAGUACAUCCACCGGACAGGAACUUUCUAGACAUGAAGGGCUUUCAUCCGACGAGGGAGGGCAUGGCGAGGAUCAUCAGCGACAUUGAGCAAGAAUUACGAUUCCCAGAGGGCGCACCCAUUCGCGGCGUCCCAGAGCUCCAGCUCUCAGCCGUCCUUUGGUCGCCCGACUGCGCAUUCUUUCUCGAAACCAAGGGACCGCCGGAUUUCGCGCCCGUCGAUGGGCAACACCUCCAAGGCAUGAAGACGGAGAUCAUUUACCACAAGAUUCGGGUAUGGAUCCUCCUCUUCGCGAUGGUGAUCCUCACACAGGCCCUCCUUCUCAAGCAACAGAUGAAGGAAUCAGCCACACCUUCGACGAUGGGUCGUAUCAGCUACUCGACCAUAAGUAUGAUGGCCAUGGUGGACGGUGGCAUUUUCGCCGCGGCGUCCAUGUGGGCUUUGGAUGCCAGCAUCACGUACCUAGAGUCGCUUUCGCUUUUGUUUUCGGCGUUUCUGUCCAUGUCCCUUGGCGGCUUCUUUUUGGCGGAAAUUCACAAAGUGCAGGAGCCUGAGAACAGGAGGCGUGCCGAGAGGGAGCAGCAAAACACCAACAAUGACUCGCCGCAUACACCGGCCACUCCCCCGCAAGAUCUCGAAGCGGACUCUUUGCCGCGGCCCGUCACCGCGGGGCCUCGCAGGAGAGCACCCUCGCCUCCGAUCAUCAUCCCCUCGGAUCAGGAUAUCGACGCGGAGAUUGCGGACGCCGCGAGCGGUGCGGCAGCCGUGCCGACAGCGGGCACCGGCGGCGGCCAUCGUAUCGGGCCCGAGGUCACGUUCCAGUCGGUCAUAUUCCGCUUCGCCAUGACCGUAUCCCUCAUCCUCCUUGUCUCCAUCGCCUCCACGUCCUGGUACCCGCGCGUGCGGAACUUCUUCGUCAACAGCGUGGCCCUCGUCUACUUUUCCUUCUGGGUGCCCCAGAUCCACCGCAACAUCCUCCGUAACUGCCGCCGCGCGCUGACGUGGCAAUUUGUCAUCGGCCAGUCCGUCCUGCGACUGCUCCCCUUUGCCUACUUUUACGUCUACGAGAACAACUUCCUCUUCGCCGAGACGGAUCGGCGCGCGUUCCUCGCCUUUUGCGCGUGGCUAUGGAUCCAGCUCUGGGUCCUCGCGUUCCAGUACGUGCUCGGCCCGCGUUUCGGCAUACCAAAGAGCUGGACGCCCGACGCGUGGGAUUACCACCCGAUCCUGCGCGAGGACGGCGUCGAGGCUGGUGGGCUGCCGAUUGGUCUGCUUUCGGAGCCCGGGUCGCCGUCUCUGGAGAGGGCGAGGUCCGGGUCGGGCGGCGGCGAGGACGUCAGGGAUAAGAAGAGUGGCGGCGGGAGUAACCUGCGCGCCAUCGACUGCGCCAUUUGUCGUGAGGUGCUUGAGGUGCCCGUCAUGCGGGCGGGCGAGGAGGACCCGACGGCCGGAGGGGUCGUUGGCGUGUUUACGAGGAGGAAUUACAUGGUUACGCCGUGCCGGCACAUCUUCCACAGCGCGUGUUUGGAGGGUUGGAUGCGGUUCAGGUUGCAGUGUCCUAUUUGUCGAGAGGAGUUGCCUCCCUUGUAGGAGUAGCGAAAGAGCGAGUCGCGUGCUCUGGCCUUUGUUUGGAGCGCGUGUCAUAGCGGGAAGAUUUCGAUCAUGUGUUUAUUAGAAAUGAUACCAGAAUGAGAAUGGGUUGAGAUACACCCAGCUGACCUUUUGA